AUGUCAUUUUUAAAAAUUAUUGUUCAAAAUUUAAAUGAAAAGAAUUGUAUUUAUACAGAACUGCCACCAAAUUAUUGGGAUUUACUAAAUGUAUUACAAUACAAUGUAGCAGAUCAUUUUAGCUUUUCAAAAUAUUGGUUAGAUAGCGAAAAUGAUAAAAUUCCAGUAACUAAUGAAGUUUCAUACAAAAUAUUUUUAAGCAUUUCCCAACAUAAAAAGUUAUUCUUAGAGAAAAAAACUGUGGAAGAAAAUGGAACGAAAGAGAUCACAAAUUUAAAUGACAAUUCUUUAGAUGUCAAAGAAUCCAAAAUAAAUUCAUACGAAAACGAUUAUAAUCCGUUUUGUAAUAUUCAUUUAGAUAUUAAAUGUGAUGGUUGCGGUAUUCAACCAAUAAUUGGUUUUCGUUAUCAAUGCUUAACAUGCGAAAAUUAUAAUUUAUGUUUAUAUUGUGAAAAUCAAUAUAUACACAACAUUCACAAAAUGAUGCGUUUACCUAGUAAUGCUAAAAAACGGAAAUCAAAGAAAACUGCUAACACAGAAACAAAUAGCACUGAAUAAGUAAAAUGUUAAAUAAGAUUUAAAUUAAGAUUAAUAUAAAAAUCUAUGGUG